GCUGAGUUUCGUCACCGCCCACAUGAAAAUUUCUCUCUCUAGAACCCAGCACUGGGGAGAGAAACAGCACAUCCAACUCUCUGGUAAUCGCUGUAAAGUUUAAAUCUUUCGAAACCUCUUUUCUUUCUUUUUCCCUUCUUUAUAUACAACAUUGGUUUGCCCCAAUCCAACUCUUGAAUCUGCAUACUUCGCAUAAACCAACCAAACAAGAACAGAUUCCCACAAACCCUAAACCCGAAUCAGAUCAAGAAGAUCGGAAAACAAGAAGCAGAAGUUUGACAAACCAUUGCUAAGGUCGAACAUGCUCGCUCAUCCACCCAAACCUUCAGCUCUUCCCGUCCACUGGCUGGUCAGGACAUCCGACGGCGCCACCGACUCCGGCGAGAAGGUGACGUGGCACGCCGAGUUCGAGAGACGCUGCCCUUCUCUGUCCAGCGAAUCCGCGGCGGCGCGUUACCACACGCACGAGGUGGGGCGAAACCAGUGCUGCUCCGCCGUGGUGCAGGAGAUCGCUGCCCCCAUCUCUGCCGUGUGGUCCGUCGUCCGCCGCUUCGACAACCCUCAGGCCUACAAGCACUUCGUCAAGAGCUGCCACGUCAUCCUCGGAGACGGCCACGUCGGCUCCCUCCGCGAAGUCCACGUCGUCUCCGGCCUACCCGCCGCCAGCAGCACCGAGAGGCUCGAGAUCCUAGACGAUGAGCGCCACGUCAUCAGCUUCAGCGUCGUGGGUGGGGACCACAGGCUGGCGAACUACCGGUCGGUGACGACGCUCCAUGUUUCACACUCCGGCGAAGGGACCGUCGUGGUGGAGUCGUACGUGGUGGACGUUCCUCCGGGGAACACAAAGGACGAGACCUGCGACUUCGUCGACGUCAUCGUUCGGUGCAACCUCCAGUCGCUGGCAAAGACCGCGGAGAAUCUUGGAGGGACCAAACUCAAAACGACGACGUCUCUGUGAGUGUACUACGUUCCUUAAUCCGACGCCGCUUUUUGUCGCUUCAUCGUCCGUGAUUAAUGUUUCCUGCGUCGUUUACGUUCCCGAGUUUUUCUUUUCUCUCUCAUUUUAACACCCAUCUACAUGUGAAAUAUACACCGGCGAUCUCAUAGAUUAUAUCCAUAAAUCAUCAUUUCAGUUUCUUUUUUUUU